UUUUUUUUGGUCGAGUCUUAUUUUAUUAUCUUAACUUUUAAAAAAAUCUCCACAGUACAGAAGAAGCAACACUGUUUUAUUUUUCAAUUGUCAAGUGGUUGAAGAAAACAAAAGAUUAUAAAUAUUAAACAGGUGCGUCUAUCAAAAUACACACCACAUUAAAAAUUCUGUUAACUAAAAAUCAAUGGGAAUAAUCUCCGAUACCCCUUCAGUUUCCACCGCCACAAAAUGGCUCGGUUUUAUUGCCGCUAUUUGGAUUCAAUCCAUCUCCGGCAACAACUACACAUUCUCAAACUACUCCGACGCUCUCAAAUCUCUCAUGCACCUCACCCAAUUACAGCUCAACAAUCUCUCCGUCGCUAAAGACGUCGGUAAAGCUUUCGGCAUCCUCGCCGGUCUUGCCUCCGACCGUUUACCCACUUGGGCCAUUCUCCUCAUUGGUUCCUUUGAAGGUCUUGUCGGUUAUGGUGUUCAAUGGCUUGUAGUUGGUCAAAUCAUUCAACCCCUUCCUUACUGGCAGAUGUGUGUGUUUUUGUGUAUGGGAGGGAACAGUACAACAUGGAUGAACACAGCGGUUUUAGUGACAUGCAUAAGAAACUUCCGGCGAAACAGAGGACCAGUUUCAGGGAUUCUUAAAGGCUAUGUUGGUUUAAGCACUGCAAUUUUCACGAAUCUUUGUUCUGCUUUAGUAGCAGAUGACCCUGCUUUUUUUCUUCUAACACUUGCUGUUGCACCUUUCAUCGUUUGUCUCACCGGAGUAUUUUUCCUCCGUGAAGUUCCCGUUGCUAAAAUUGCCACCGCCGCAGAAGAUAACGAAGAAGGGAAGUAUUUCGGUAUCUGUAACGCCGUUGCCGUUGUUCUCGCCGUUUAUCUUUUAGCUUAUGGUUUUGUACCUAAUGCUAAUACAUUAGUAUCACGUGUUUUCGUUGCGGUUUUGUUAGUUCUAUUGGCGUCACCGUUAGGGAUUCCGGUAUAUGCAUAUUUCAAGGGAAGAAAUUCGGGUCGGGUCGGAGGUGAUGUUGAGGGUCAGCGGGUACGUGAACCUUUGAUUCAAAAUGGUGAAAAGGAAAGUGAGACGGUGGUGGAUGCGGUGGUGGCGGAGACGGAAGUGGUUGUUGUUAAGGGACAACCGGUGAUUGGAGAAGAACAUACGAUAAUUGAAGUGAUGAAGAGUUUGGAUUUUUGGAUCUUGUUUGUUUCGUUUCUAUGUGGAGUUGGAACGGGUUUAGCAGUGAUGAAUAAUAUGGGUCAAAUCGGGUUGGCUCUCGGGUAUACGGAUGUAUCCUUAUUUGUUUCGUUAACUAGUAUUUGGGGAUUUUUUGGAAGGAUCGUAUCUGGUUCCGUUUCAGAGCAUUUCAUCAAGAAAUCUGCAACACCUAGACCUCUUUGGAAUGCAAUAUCUCAAAUUCUAAUGGCUGUGGGCUACAUACUUCUAGCCCUGGCUAUGCCCGGUUCACUAUACAUCGGUUCUGUUAUCGUUGGCAUCUGUUAUGGAGUGCGUCUUGCCGUCACAGUCCCAACAGCCUCCGAGUUAUUUGGACUCAAAUACUAUGGUCUCAUAUACAAUAUUCUCAUCCUCAAUCUUCCACUUGGAUCUUUCCUCUUUUCUGGGCUACUUGCCGGCAUACUCUACGAUAUGGAAGCAACCACAACAGAAGGAGGCGGUAACACAUGCGUUGGAGGUCAUUGUUAUAGGCUAGUGUUUAUAGUCAUGGCUGGAGCAUGUGUUGUUGGAUUCUUCUUAGACAUUUUAUUGGCAAUUAGAACCAAGAGUCUCUACAACAAGAUUUGCAUGAGUAAGAAAUCAAAGAAAUCCUCAGUGACAUCAAGUAGCUAGCCAAUGAUCCUCAAUGGAGCUGUUCACGUAUAGGACAAUUCUGGGAUUGAUGACAUUUUUGGUCAGUGAUAUCCCAAAUUGCAUCCCACUUUAGCACUCAAAUAGUUCAUUCAAUUUUUGAAAAUAAAGCCGGGUUGUUAGUUUAUAAUUCCAUUAUGAAAUGUAAGCAUUUACCGGUAAAUUGCAAGGAUUAGUAUUAGUAUGAUAUAUAAUUUUUUUCAAUAGGCUAUUCAAUAUUUGUGGUUCUUUUUUAUUCUGUGGAUUGAUCUGGAAAUGUAACUGUCAGUUGUAAGUUAUUUUGUCAAAUUCUUUAAUGAGUGUUGUUUUGUUUGGUAA